GAGAUGCAUUGCAGUUAAACAAAGCUGUGAAAGCCAUGGGACCUCAUAAACACCCAUUUACCCCGCUGCCGCGAACAAUCUCGAGCCCUAUCAACUUAUCCUACUUCAACUAUCCAGCCAAGAGGAAUUUAGUCAAGCAAUUUGCAUCUCCAUUUCAUCUAUCAACAUCAUUAUUGCAAGAUACGAGCUAUCAUCCUCCUUUAGCCUUUGAACCAUGGCUAGUCAUGACGGAAUCGUUUUCACUAUCUUUAGAGGCUCCAAAGACGGCGAUAUUAUCGAGUCUGAAUCUAGUCGCCCAGGAUUGAGCGGGGAUCAAGUAUUAAUCUCUAUAUCUGCAUCCAGUCUCUGCGGCGGUGAUUUACUUUUCAAAGGCAAUGAUGUGCGUCUUCCAAUGAUCUGUCCCCUGUUUCAAAUAUUGACAAAAAUUCAAGAUGGUUCUGGGCCACGAAGGCGUUGGUGUAGUAGUUGCACUGGCCCUGAAGUCCAGGCUCUUACAAAGGGCGAUCGUGUGGGAUGGGGGUUUUUACAAGAUACUUGCGGGAGAUGCAAGCAGUGCGAGUUUGGAAUAGAUGUAUUCUGCCCAGACCGAAAGAUGUAUGGUCGUGCGGACCUUGAUCAGGGUAGUCUAGCUUAUAGGAUCGUCAAGAAAGAGAGUCGACUAUUUCCAAUUCCCAAAGAGCUUUCCGAUGAAGAGGCAGCCCCACUGAUGGUAAAUAAAACGAGCCUUGGACUGUGCUACAAUUUGAGAUCAACUAUUUAAACUUCUGUUUAUUCUGGCGACAGGAAUACGUUAUUGUCUCUUCUUGCAUUUUGUCAAUUCCUCGCUAAUACAAAGUGAUCAUUAGUGCGCCGGAGCAACUGUCUUCAAUGUUCUUGACACCUACAGGGCAAAGCCAACCGACCGCGUUGGAGUGAUUGGUGUUGGCGGACUCGGUCAUCUCGCCAUUCAGGUAAGCCUGGAAGGACCAAAAUAAAAUUAUGCUUACCAUACUAAUCACCUCCACCCAUAGUUUGCAUCGAAAAUGGGCUGCGAAGUCAUUGCCUUCUCCAGCACUCAAUCCAAAGAAUCUGACGCUCUCUCUUUCGGUGCCAGCUUUUACUACGACGAUACAAACUUCAAAGUGGCUAAACUUGGCAGCUCCCUCGACAUACUCAUUGUGACUGCUCCCACCCUACGAAACUGGGGUGUCUACCUUCCAUUUCUCACUCCCAAAGCCAAAAUCUUCGCGCUCACUAUUGGCCCGGGACAACUUGCACUGCCCAAUAUGCCAUUAUUGUUGAACGGUAUCACUAUCCAAGGGAGCAUCUUGGCACCUACGAAUGUACAUAAGCGCAUGCUAGAAUUUGCUGCGGCUGAAGGCGUGAAGCCCAAGGUGCAAAAGCUUGCAAUGGAUCUUGAUGGCAUUGUUGAAGCUUUUAGGGUAUUGAAGAAUGGGAAAAUGAGGUAUCGUGGAGUGUUAGUUGUGCCAGAAGAGAAGCGACUCAUGUAGAGUGUCCGUAAAUCUCUACCAGAAUGAUCACUGGAAAUCUAAGUAUGGUUAGAUGCGAGGGGAGACAUACUUGAAGUCAAUAACAAUUUUGUAUGUGUUCCUUGCGCAGAAAUUCUAUGACAUACCACUUGCUAUGUUUAUUAAUUGACAUGUGUUGUAUGAAAGUAUUCCAUGAUGACCCCGCGUCUGAGUAACCAAAAGGCGAGAAAAAUUGCUCGGAGUUCGUCGAAGGCUCUGUUUUGAAAGAUAGCACUCGCAAUCAUUAAUUCCAGGACUAGACGUUGGCCUUGUACAAUGUUCAUGAAUUGAACAGCUUUAUGUAUACGAUUACGCAAAACUAUCAUAAGUGCCAGGACGUAUCCAGCCUGUGAUGUUGUUGUACCAAAUGCGAUGAGAAUUGUGUAUCCGUAGAUAUUGGCAACUGAAGUCCCACUCC